ACUUGAACAAGUGGCACCACCUGCCACUGCUAAGCCAAGAAGCGGAAGGUACCUAGUAAACAACUGAAGUCCAGCAACAACCAAAAAGUCUCACGUUCCCGACCUCAGUGAGAGAGAGCAGUGAACAUGGAUAGUGGAGACAUACACCCUUCUGAACGUGCACUGCACGACCAGCGCGUGUCAAGCCUGCAGUCCCGGAUAGCCCAUUUUCACAGCAUUUCAACACCGUUCCGCAUUUACCACGGCAGCACAAACAGCACACGACAUGCCUCCUUCGAUCCUUCCGCCAUCAUCGAUGUCUCAGCCUUCAACAAGAUUAUUUGCAUCAAUGCCUCGACCCAGACCGCACUCGUCGAGCCAAAUGUUCCAAUGGACGCUCUCGUUGCGGCAACCACAGCUGAGGGGUUCUUGCCUCCUGUGGUGAUGGAGUUUCCUGGCAUAACCGUUGGUGGAGGGUUCGUUGGGACUGCAGGCGAGAGUAGUAGCUUCAAAUAUGGAUUUUUCGAUCGGACGGUUGUAAGAGCGGAGGUUGUGCUUGCCAAUGGAACGCUUAUGCACUGCUCGUCGACUGAGAAUGCCGAACUAUUCGACGGCCUGAGGGGCAGUUUUGGAACCUUGGGCGUGUUGACUCUGGUAGAAGUCAUGCUUGUGCCUUUGAGGAGUUGGGUGGAGGUCACGUACCGUCCAAUCACAUCGAGCAGGCAGGCAAUGGAGGUGCUACAGCAGGAGACCAGAAAAGAAGAUAACGACUACGUAGAUGGCGUGCUCUUUUCGAAACGCUCCGGGGUUGUCGUGUCCGGUCGCUUGGUAUCAGAACCCUCAUCGCCGCGCAUACCUGUUCGCCGCUUCUCGCGGCCUUGGGAUGAAUGGUUUUGGAUACACGCUCGCAGCCUCACUUUGGCAGGAACACUGACCACUGAGCUUAUUCCCAUCGAGGACUACCUUUUCCGAUAUGAUCGUGGUGCGUUCUGGAUGGGCAUGUACGCAUACCAUCACUUCUUUGUGCCUUUCUGGUAUAUCUUCCGCGUUCUUUUGGACUAUUUCAUGCAUACCCGGAUUAUGUACCAUGCGCUGCAUGCUUCCGGCUAUACGGAUCGAUACAUAAUCCAGGACAUUGCAUUCCCAGCAGCCAAUGCGGGGGCUUUCGUGGACUAUGUGGACAGCAAAUUUGGCAUAUACCCGCUGUGGCUAUGCCCGUUGCGUAAGGACGGCCGCGUUUCGAUGGGCCAUCCAAGGGAGUUCGAGGGCAUGGUAUGUGGGCAGGGGCGAGCAGAUGGACAGGCGUACGAAGGCGAGUACAUCAACAUCGGUGUCUGGGGGCCCUACCCAUCUUCCGGCGCCGAGUACUUUAGUGCAAACAGAGAGAUGGAACAAAAGACUAGCGAGCUCGGAGGCCUCAAGUGGCUGUACUCUAGAGUUUUCUACACAGAAGACGAAUGGUGGAAGCUGUACGACAAGGAAGAGUACGAAACCUUGAGGGCAAAAUUCGGCGCGACUGGAUUGCCAUCGAUCUGGGAGAAGGUCAGAGAUCGAGGCACCGAAAAAGAAGCAUAUGGAAAUGAUGUAAAGGGAUUGCUCAAGAGAUUGGUCAGGAGCAGUGCACUACUUAGUGGCUUCUAUGGAAUCUACAAAGCGGUGCGGGGCGGUGACUACAUGCUGAAGGAAAAGACCAGUUAAGGGCGUCUGGUGGGAUUGAGCGUGCGUUCGUGUUGGCUGCUGCUGUUGCAAAGGCCCUGGCAAUUCGCGUAGUAAUGCAGAUAGAUGAUGCCUGGCUGA